CCGCCUUCCUAACCACCGGGGCCCCCUGGACCCCAUGGUCCCACCCACCGGUAGGCCACAUUGAAAUGGGACUCAUGUUGUUGCCAAACAUCUCUUUCGUCAGCAGCAUCUCACAUCACAUCACUUUGCUCUUUAGAAACUCUAUAUUAUAAUUAAAAAGUAAACUUUGUGUGUUUUAAACCAUGGAUCCACUCUACGUGUGGUUGGCAUUUCUAAUCUACUCCCAACAUCAAACAACAAGUGCCCUGACAACAUGCGACAACAAGUUCUCCUGUGGGAAUGGGAGAUGCAUCACAGCCAGAUGGGCGUGUGACGGCACGGAUGACUGCGGAGAUGGCACGGACGAGCUUCCUGAAACUUGCUUGGCCAAAACAUGUCGAGCAACAGAUUUCAGUUGCGCCGAUCGCUUUUACCGGUGUGUACCAAACACUUGGCGCUGUGAUGGCAACCCGGACUGUGAGAAUGGAGCUGAUGAAGAGCACUGUGCGCCCAAGAACUGCACAAGCACAGAAUUCCGCUGCACAAACGGCCAGUGUGUGUCCACCUCCUUUGUGUGCGACGAGGAAGCAGACUGCGACGACGGCAGCGACGAAGCCUCCUGUCCACCGGUUACGUGCAGCAGUGCUUCUUUUCAGUGCAACAACAGCGUUUGCAUUCCACGUUUGUGGGCCUGCGACGGCGAUACGGACUGUGCGGACGGCUCGGACGAGUGGCAGCAGAACUGCCGUACCCCGGGACAUGCCUCUUUGCCAAUUCACCGCUGCUCUUCCCUGGAAUUCCGCUGCGGGAGUGGGGAGUGCAUUCACGGAAACUGGAGGUGUGAUGGAGGAGCUGAUUGCCUCGAUCGAUCCGACGAAGCUGACUGUGUCCGUCCCACCUGCCGCCCUGAUGAAUUCCAAUGCGAUGAUGGCGCUUGCAUUCACGGAAGCCUCCAAUGCGACCAUCGUUAUGACUGCAGGGACAUGAGUGAUGAAAGAGGCUGUGUCAAUGGUAUGAAGCCAACUCCCACUACGGCCACUUGCUCCUCAUUUACUGACAUUAUUUUCCGCACAGCAACUGAAUGUGACGGCACGAGCAAUUUCAAAUGUCACAGCGGCGAGUGUAUCAGCAUGGAUAAGGUCUGCAACAAGGAACGUGAUUGCAGGGAUUGGUCAGAUGAGCCUUUGAGGGAAUGUAGCUUCAACGAAUGUCUCUUCAACAACGGCGGCUGCUCUCAUAUCUGCAAGAACCUUAAAAUUGGUUUUGAGUGUCUUUGCCCCGCUGGAUAUCGACUGGCCAGUACAAAUCACUGCGAAGAUAUUGAUGAGUGCGCCAAUCCAGACAGCUGCAGUCAGAUCUGCGUUAACCAGAUGGGCAGUUACAAAUGCGAGUGUGAAGAAGGUUACCAAGUCGACCCCUCGACCAAAGCCUGCAAAGCCAUUGGAACAAUCGCUUACCUUAUCUUCACCAAUCGCCAUGAAGUCAGAAAGAUGACCUUGGACAAAAGUGAAUACACGCAGGUCAUUCCUCGUCUAAAAAACGCUGUGGCUUUGGACAUGGACAUGGCCACCCAAGAAAUCUUCUGGUCAGAUAUCUCCCUAAAGAAGAUCUACAGAACACAAAUGGAUUCAGCAGCUGACUCUACUCACCACACCGAAAUGGUUUCUAAUGACAUCGAUGCACCCGAGGGUGUUGCCUUCGACUGGAUCCAUCGCAACCUCUAUUGGACCGAUAGCAUUCGUAGCACCGUUUCUGUGGUAACCGCUGACGGUCAUCGUCGGAAAACUCUCUUUUCCCGAGGCGUAUCUAAACCCCGAGCGAUUGCGGUUGACCCUUACAGCAACUUUGUUUACUGGACUGACUGGGGGAAUCCUGCUAAAAUCGAAAAGGGAGGUCUGAAUGGAGGCGACCGCAUCGCUCUGGUUUCUGACAACAUCGUGUGGCCCAAUGGAAUCACACUCGACCUGUUGAACCAGCGGCUCUACUGGGUGGACUCAAAGUUGCACACCCUCUCCAGUAUCGAUGCACAGGGUGGUGGGAGGCACACCAUUAUUAUUGAUGAACAUAAGCUCAGCCACCCGUUGGGAAUCACUGUUUUUGAGGAAAAGGUGUUCUGGACAGAUGUCAGUAACAAUGCCAUCUUCAGUGCUAAUAGAUUGACUGGCAGAGACAUCAUUCCAGUGGCAGAGCAUUUAUCUUCUCCAGAAGAUAUCAUUCUGUACCAUAAUCUUAAACAGCCUGCUGGGAGAGACUGGUGUCAGGUGUCUAAUAAUGACUGUGAAUUCAUGUGCCUGGGAGCUCCACAAGUUGGAAGACGUCCUCCUAAAUAUACCUGUGUCUGUCCUGAUAACAUGAUGCUAGCAAGUGAUAUGAGGAGUUGUGUCCCAGUGGUGUCAACACCCGCAGCUCCCAUGCAUCCUCAAAUUCCAACCACCAACCAACCAGCUCUGCUCACAGUCCCACCCAAGUCUCACACCACCAUUGCUCCCAUCAUAAGCACAAGACUUGUGAUCAAACCCAUGACAAGCACCUCCAGGCCUCUGCUCAGAACCAGCACACCCGAAAUGAGGAGAACUUCACCACAGCCAAUGAAACCCAAAGCCGCCCAGACCACCACACAAACCCCGGUCACGUUUCAAGACCUUCACCAUGACUCUUCUGCAGUGCUACCUACGACAUCCUCCAGCACCCCAAUUACUUUAUACAUUGUCCUACCUUUGGUGAUCAUUUGUAUGCUGGCUGUGGCUGGUGUGCUGCUGUGGAAGAACUACAAGAUCAAAAACACCAACACGAUCCACUUUGACAACCCUGUCUACCAAAAAACCACAGAGGACCAAGUGCAUAUUUGGAGGAACGACACCUCCGAUGGGUAUUCCUACCCAAGAAAACAAGUUGUAAGUCUGAAUGAAGAGGCGGACAACCCAACAUUCAAUGAAAACUAGCUUGACCUCUUGUGGCUUACGAGAUGGAAUUCCAAGAAGCUUUAUCAUUCCACUCUAUCGGCACAGAACAACAAAACCUCUAAGAAAUUCAGGUUUCAUUCCUUUUGGUCAUUCUUGCAAGUUGGAGUUUUUCAUGAAAAGAAAAGGGAAUUUUUAUUUGGACUGUGAAAAUAAAACCGAAGCCAUAUUUAGCUUGGUUUAUGUGCUUAGCCUAGAAGUUUUUUUGGGGGGAAUAUAUUUUUUAAUGAAUAUAUGGCAGGCACGGCACAUUAUCGUUUAUUUAGAUUUAAAUUGAAGCGACCCUUUAAGCUCCUAAAUGAAUGCAAGUUUUGCACUUUAAGAUCAAAGUUACGAUUUGUGGCUUCAUAGUGAACUGCACAAAUAUGAAUGGACUUAUUAUCUUCUCUCCAGACAACUGGGCAUUUUCUCUCUCUUCUUGAAUCAGAAACAAGAUCAUUUUAUUUGAAACCAAACUUUUAGGAUUGCUUCAUGUUUAAUGUGCUUUGUUCCAGAAAUGCGUGAGACUGCUAACUAUUUUGCUUGAAAGAAUUUCUGUGUAAUUAUCAUUAGAACAGCAAUCACCUCAGUGUUGAUUAAAAAUAAUCACUCAGUGAGAGUGAGGACCUCAAGUAAUGCUGCACGCUGGUUUGUGCCUUGAAUAAUACGUCAGCCACAUGUAGCUCCGAUCUUCUGUUCUUUUGAUCAGAGUCAUUUGUUUCAAUUCUAACUUGAGUCUGAAGAGGACCGAUGCAUUCCUCGGAAUAGCUUUGAUGCAACCAUGUGUGACCAGUAGGGCUGAGCCUAAUGCGUUGUGUAUAUUUAUAACCUCCCUCAGGAGAAAAACUUAUCGCAGAAUUCCUGACAGAAGAAAAACAUCACAGUCUUUUUUGAGCUCCUGGUCUUUGCAUUGUGAUGGUGCUUUUUAAUGUUUCUCAAAAGUCUAUGUUGGUGUUAUUGUACAAGAGAGAAUUUGUAUAAAAUCAAUGACUUGUUACACCUCAAAGAGAUUGUUAUGAUGUUCACAGGGGAAGAUAAUUUUUUGUGUAGAUGUACAUACAUGUAUUUUUUUUUCUUUCACCCCAAAAGGUUAUGUGUAUUUAAAUAGGGUGUUCAUAAAUGUAAAUAAUUGUUCUGUGUUUAGGAAAUGAUAUCUAUGCUGGAACCUUUGUUGUCAGCAUUUAUUGUAUAUAAAUAAAUACUUCUAUUUAUUACAAA